CAUUUAGAGCAGAAAAGAUUUUGCCAUUUAAAUAAUAGGUCAAUUUAUCUGCUCUUUACAAGCCAAGUCAGCAAGAUUAACGUGCAUCUCCACAGGAAGGCGGCGAAGCGGACCCGGAGCUCAGGCACACGAGUGGGCUCUGGUGCUGCGAGGGGGUUGGCAGCGUUCGUGUUUGCUGGAAGGGCACCCGCCAUGGCCACGGAAAGGAAGGACAGGUUCAGCAAAUUUAGGCCUGACUGUCCUGGCUGAAGCUCCAGCUCAAUCUAGUUCAUGUGUGGGUGGCUCCUCCAGAUUUAGCCUUUCAGGAUUGACUGAAAGUUCACCCUGAGCUCCCGGGGGAGGGUGAUUUCCGGAGUAAACGUGGGCAGGGCAAAACAACGCUCGUAUUUUCCAGGGAUUGUUGUGUUCUGUUUCAAUAGCCCCUAUCCUCUGAGUAGUAGCAUUACUCGAGUAUUUGGCAUGCACGUGAUAUUCUAGUUGAGGAUUAUUAGGGAUGGCUGCUGUCAUUCCUGCAGCAUUUCAAAAUGAUGAGUCUAAUAAAUGCUGGGUACUGGUGACCUGCCCCUCAGUCUGUCACAAAAACACCUUCAUUUUCUAGGGAAAUACAGAUCAAUAUGAGACAGGUAGAAAACUGCUGCCCGUGUCAUUUGGUGUAUUUCUGAACAACAGCGACUUUUUUUCUAAUUCUGCACGCUGCACCCUUUUUCAGAGCCAUCAAAAUUUAGUAAGUAGAGUGUUCAGGGCAAAAUGAGUCUAAUUCUUCUGUGCUAGAGGCACCUCGGAGUGGAUGGCAGUGAGGUUAAGCCAUUAUUGACCAACACUUUCUGUCCAGCAGCAAGCACACUUUCAUGCAGGGAGUUCAGUGUACAGGCUAAACACAGCUAACUCCCAGGACUGAGUCAUUACUUAACAUCUUCUACAGUGAAACACUUAGAAGGAGAAAUUGGCAGUGGAGUCAGAUGUUUCUCAGAUACAAUCCAAAAUUCUUAGCAAAAAUGCAGAAAACUUUUUUUUUUUUUCCUGAAGGCAGCUUUCAUAAAACACAAAUAAUGUCUCUGUUUACAGCUCUACUGCUCUGGUCUUUUCCAGAUAGCCACAAAGAUCCUUAAGUGAGUCUUGGACCACACUCUUAAUGGUAUCAUGCCCUUUUUUCCUGUUCCCAUAUGAUUUUUACUUCUUUUAGAUUUCUGUGCUGUGUGGUUUCACUGAGAUAUUUUCUGGAAGGAGCAGGCACAUGUGGCAGUACGUGAUGGGAGGCUCCUGUCAUUGCACUUCUCUGACUUCCAUAAAGAAAUGGAAUGACUUUACACAACUGACUAAAUAGAAGGCAGGAUGACAACUUUACAACACAACAAAUAAAGGAAUAAGGAAAUAACUUGGGAGUAGUGUAACAGAAAAUAAUGGACAACGGAAAACAUAAAUAGAAACUUAAAAAAAAAAAUCCCUGUUGAAUAAUGUGUACCAAGGUACCUGGAAAUUGUACCAAGGUGCCUAGAAAACACAAAAAUCUAUCCUAUACUAAAAUUCCAAGAGGAUCAGAGUAUGAUGAUAGUCUGCCUUGGAAAUUAGUCCUUUAUAGAUAUGUGUCAUGUUCUGCAGUGAUGGUGAGCCAAUGUCCCAAAUUCCAGAUGCACUGAGGCAGCACUGAUAAAAGAUUAGAGAUUUUGUGCAUUUACUGAGAGUGGAAGGAGGCACAGAGGUUUCUUCCUAAUUGUUAUGAAUUCCAAUCUUUCUGAAAUGAAACCUCCUAACCUACUUGUGACAUGCCACGUGCAUCACACAGCAGAGGGAGCAGUGUGUCUGAAACAACCUCACCUCAUGGAUGCUGAAUAACUGGGCAUCCAUUCCAGCCCUGGUUCUGCAGGUAACGUGCGUGUGCACACCGACCUGCACAUGCCUUUGCUCCUCAUGAGCUUGGCAGUAUCAGUCUGUAACCUACUCUUGUAACACCAUGCUGGCUGCUUUCCAAAAGGAAGGAUGGAGUGACAGUCAGACCGUAAUGGGAUUGCACAGUGGGGGAGAAUGACCUGUCUUCUACCACGCAGCGUAAGCAGCGCCCACUUGGCAUGUGUGAAGGUGUGUAAUGACACAGAUCCCAGAGCCCUGCCAGUCUGCCUCACUGUGCAACUCCAUCAACAGGCUGGAAUGAAAUAAGCCUUUCCCCGAGGAACAGAAUGCUCAAGAAAACCAUGCGAUGCACUUGGAAAUCCUUUAAUGGUUGCAUACAGUGAUCUGAAACAUAAUGGUGGUUUUCAGAAAGGGUGAUCAUGUGUGGCUGGACACUCAACCUAACAGUGAAUUUAAUGUCCCUAUUGGGGCAGUUGUGAAGGAAUCUGACUCAGGACGGAUCUUGCUGGAGGAUGAUGAAGGCAAGGAGCACUGGAUCACGGCUCGGAAUAUGCACAUGGUGCACCUGAUGCACCCCUCCUCUGUCCAGGGGGUGGAGGACAUGAUCCGCCUCGGGGACCUCCAUGAAGCUGGCAUGGUGCACAACCUCCUCAUCCGGCACCAGGAGCACAAAAUCUAUACUUACACAGGAUCAAUCCUUGUAGCAGUGAAUCCAUACCAGCUGCUGCCCCUCUACACAGUGGACCAGAUCAGACUGUAUUGUAACAAGAGGAUUGGAGAGCUUCCACCUCAUGUCUUUGCCAUUGCAGAUAACUGUUACUUCAAUAUGAAGAGGAAUAAGAGAGACCAGUGCUGUGUGAUCAGUGGAGAAUCUGGAGCUGGUAAAACUGAAAGUACAAAGCUAAUACUACAGUUUCUGGCAGCUGUCAGUGGCCAGCAUUCCUGGAUAGAGCAGCAAGUCCUAGAAGCCAACCCCAUUCUGGAAGCUUUUGGAAAUGCCAAGACAAUUCGAAAUGACAAUUCAAGCCGCUUUGGGAAAUACAUUGAUAUUCACUUCAACCAAAAUGGCGUGAUAGAAGGAGCCCGGAUAGAGCAGUUUCUCCUGGAGAAGUCCCGGGUCUGCCGCCAGGCUCCAGAGGAGAGGAAUUAUCACAUCUUCUACUGCAUGCUAAUGGGGAUGAAUACAGAGCAGAAAAAGAUGCUGAAUCUGGGCACUGCUUCAGAGUACACUUAUCUCACUAUGGGUAACUGCACGUCCUGCGACAGCCGCAACGACGCCAAGGAUUAUGCCCACAUCCGCUCGGCCAUGAAGAUCCUCAUGUUCUCAGACUCUGAGCACUGGGACAUCAGCAAGCUGCUGGCUGCAAUCCUGCACCUAGGGAAUGUGGAGUUCCAAGCGGCCGUGUACGACAACCUGGACUGCUCUGAUGUGAUGGACUCACCACACUUCUCCAUUGCCACCAAACUGCUCGAGGUGGACUCUAGUGAACUCCAGAACAGCCUCACAAACCUCUCCAUCAUUGUCCGAGGAGAAAGUGUGUCCAGGCCUCUGAAUGUGGUUCAAGCUGCCAAUGGGAGGGAUGCCUUUGUGAAGGGUAUAUAUGGGCGGAUUUUCUUGUGGAUUGUGAACAAAAUCAACUCAGCCAUUUUCAACCCAGCUUCUCAGAAGCCUAAAGACAGACAUCAAUCCAUUGGACUGCUGGACAUUUUUGGGUUUGAAAACUUCAGCAACAACAGCUUUGAGCAGCUGUGCAUUAACAUUGCAAAUGAGCACCUUCAGCAGUUCUUUGUGCACCAUGUCUUCAAGCUGGAGCAAGAGGAAUACCUUGCAGAGCACAUUGCCUGGAACAACAUUGACUUCACUGAUAACCACCAGACCCUGGAAGUCAUUGCACUCAAGCCCAUGAAUAUCAUCUCCCUCAUUGAUGAAGAGAGCAGGUUCCCACAGGGCACAGAGGCCACCAUGCUUAUCAAAAUCAACUCCCUCCAUGGUAAAAGUAACGUCUACAUCCCACCUAAGAGCGUUCAUGAUACCAAGUUUGGCAUCAACCACUUUGCUGGGGUUGUCUUUUAUGAAUCAAAAGAUUUCUUGGAGAAAAAUCGUGACACGCUGAGCGCUAAUGUAAUGCAAGUGGUCCAUUCCUCCAAAAACAAAUUACUGAGGGAGAUUUUCCAGGUGGAAACAACCCCACCUAUUCUGGGACGUGGGACCAUUCGCCAUCUUGGAUCUGACCAGGUCUACAAGUGUGGCUUUCUGCUGUCCAGAACAACUGGCCACGGACAGGGCUUGGAUACCACCAAGCGGCUCUCGACGCUGGGAGGACAGUUCAAGCAAUCCCUGGAAAAACUAAUGAAAAUCCUUGAGCAGUGCCAGCCAUACUUCAUCCGCUGCAUCAAGCCAAAUGACUACAAGAAACCACUGUUGUUUGACCGGGAGCUGUGUAUCAAACAGCUGCGAUAUUCAGGGAUGAUGGAGACCAUUCAGAUCAGGAAAGCUGGGUACCCAGUUCGCUACAGCUUUGAGGAGUUCUUUGAGAGAUACAGAUUUCUUCUGCCAUGGUCUCUUCGACAAAAGCUGAAGAAUGAUACUCGACAGAGCUGCAUCAGCAUCUCUGAAGCAGUGCUGGGCAAGGACGAGAGCUGGCAAGUUGGAAGGACCAAGAUUUUCCUUAAAGAUCAUCAUGACACUGUACUGGAGCUGCAACGCCAAAAUGUACUCACAGAUAAGGUUCUUCUUAUCCAGAAGGUGAUGAGAGGAUUGAAGGACAGGAAGCAGUUCCUGAAACAGAGGAGGUCUGCUGUAGCCAUUCAGUCAGCCUGGAGAGGCUACUGCUGCCGGAAGGAAUUCAGAAUGGUGCUGCUGGGCUUCGGGCGCCUGCAGGCGCUGUACCGCAGCCGGCAGCUGGCGCAGCAGUACGAGGCCACCCGCGCGCGGAUCGUCGGCUUCCAGGCGCUGUGCCGCGGCUUCCUGCUGCGCCAGAGGCUGGCACAGCAGCAGAAGGCUGCCUGUGUCAUACAGGCUUAUGCCAGGGGCAUGCUCGCUCGCCAGACCUACCAGAGGAUAAAGAGGGAGAACAAGCUGGACCCCAGGAAGGAAGAGAAACAUCUCAUCCAUGUCCUGGGACCACUGAAAGGAAGGGAAGAAAAGGAACACCUGCCAACUCAGGACAGAGAGGAGGCAAAAGCAAGACAAGGGAGGAACGUGCUUGCCAAUAAACCAACAAAUCAUGAUGUUAUCAGCGACCAAGAAAUGGUGGACAAAAUUUUUGGGUUUUUACCUUCUAUGAUUGGAGGCCAAGAAGGACAAGCUCCUCUGGGUUUUGAGGACUUGGAAACAAAGCCUAGCAAGCUGGAGGAAGUGGACCUGGACAUGGUUCCCAUGAGUGUGGAGCUAGAAGAGGAAGCACAUGGUUUGGAAGAGUACACCUUCCCCAAGUUUGCAGCUACUUAUUUCCAGGGGUCUUCCACACAUACCCACAUCCGGAGACAGCUGCGGCACCCACUGCUCUACCAUGAUGACAAGGACAACGUGCUGGCUUCUCUAGCUGUGUGGGUGAUCAUCCUGAGGUUCAUGGGGGACCUGCCAGAGCCAGCAAUGUUUGCCAAGAGUGCCACCACCAAGAGCAGCUCCGUGAUGACACAGAUAUAUGACACACUUGGCAGGAAAAACCAGAUCCAGUUGAGGAAUGACAGCCCAAAUAUGAGAGAAGGCAGAAGGGAUAACAAGAUUUCUAAAGGGAUUUCAUCCCUGAAACUGAAACGGUCAUCCAAGCUGACAGGGAAGGUGACAGAGCAGCUACGAAGUGGAGAAGAGGCUUUCCAAGAAGACAUCUCGAUCUCUCAGAGACCUAUGUCCAACCUGGAAAAAGUACACUUCAUUAUUGGCAAUGCAAUUCUGCGUCCUGCCAUCAGAGAUGAGAUUUAUUGCCAGAUUUGCAAACAACUCACAGAAAACAGCAACAGGAGCAGCUAUGCUCGUGGCUGGAUCCUCCUGUCACUUUGCCUGGGCUGCUUUCCUCCUUCAGACACGUUUGUGAAGUACCUGUUGAAUUUCAUCCACCACGGGCCCACGGGCUAUGCUCCAUACUGCGCUGAGCGUCUGCGACGCACCUACAGCAAUGGGGCCCGGACUGAACCUCCCAGCUGGCUGGAACUUCAGGCAACAAAGCAGAAGAAACCCAUUAUGUUUAAUGUCACCCUGAUGAAUGGCCAAAGCAUCACUGUCCCUGCAGACUCUGCUUCCACUGCCAAAGAGAUAUGUCAGUUCAUAGCAGAUAAAACCAAACUGAAGGAUAUCUUUGGGUUUUCACUCUACAUUGCUGUGUUUGAUAAGGUCUGGUCGCUGGGCGGGGGCCGGGACCACGUCCUGGACGCCAUCUCCCAGUGUGAGCAGCUGGUGAAGGAGCGGGGCACGCACGAGCGCCACGCGCCCUGGCGCCUCUACUUCCGCAAGGAGAUCUUCACCCCCUGGCACAACUGCCGCGAGGAUCCUGUCAGCACUGAUCUCAUCUACCACCAAGUCAUCCGCGGCGUUCGCUUUGGAGAGUACCGCUGUGAGAAGGAGGAAGAUUUGGUGGAGAUAGGUGCAAAAUAUUGUUAUAUCCAAUUUGGAGAUACCAUCCACAAUGAACUUGUGCAGAAGGUGCUCCAUGACUGUAUUCCAGUAAAACAGCUGAAGUCCAAGCCCCUGGAAAAGUGGGUGAGCCUUGUAACCUAUGCACAUGCUAAGGCCCCAUACACACAGGACCAUCUCUCCUCUCAGACAGUGAAGGAGCAACUUGUAGAUUUUGCUCGCUUUCAGUGGCCUUUGCUUUUUUCCAGAUUCUUUGAAGUCACUAAGUUUUCAGGACCCAGCUUGCCUAAGAACCACUUCAUUAUUGCUAUAAAUUGGAAAGGCAUCUGCUUCUUGGAUGAGUCAGAAAAGCGGCUCCUUGAGCUGACCUUCCCAGAGAUAACUGGCAUCCACACCAACAGGGCAGUGAAAUCAUUUGGACAGAGCUGCACUCUCAUCACGCUCCGUGCCGAGGAGUUUGUCCUGACCUCUGUAAACAGCGUUGUCAUUGCUGAACUGGUGGUGAUGUUCCUGGAAGGACUGAAGAAAAGAUCACAAUUUGCUGUGGCAAUGCAGGAGAAAAAAUCCCAGGAAGAUCCUGGCAUCCUGUCCUUCAAGAAGGGAGACUUGCUAAUCUUCACCGAAGACAAAAGGCUGGAUGCAGACUCUGGCUGGAUCUGUGCCCAGAAUGAAAGGACAGGCAAAACAGGGAAUGUAUUUUUGGAAGACAUCUACAUAAUUCCUUCCCUCACAAAACCCUCUAGUCAAGUGCUGAGUUUGCUAAUGAUGUCUCCAGACCAGAGGAGGACAGCUUCACAGAACUCCUUCAUGGAGGAACCUGAUGAAGAGGAUAUCAAGGUGAAGCCUUACACCCUGGAGGAGUUCUCCUACGAACACUUCAGGACUCCUGAGAAGGAAUCCAUCAGCAAAGCUGUUCUCCAGAAGUCCCGUGGGCACAGUCAACUGUGGGCACAUUCCAAGGAGCCUCUGAAACAGCCAUUGCUGAAGAGAGCAUGCACAGACCCUGAUCAUCGGGAUUUGGCCUGUCAGGCCUUCAUUGCCAUCAUGAAAUUCAUGGGGGACUACCCCUCAAAACAGGCACACUCCUCCGUGGAAGUCACUGACCAGAUAUUUGUGCCAGCUAUCCAGGAGGAGGUCCUCAGGGAUGAGAUUUACUGUCAGAUUAUGAAACAACUGACUGACAACAGAAACAGGUACAGCGAGACCAAGGGCUGGCAGCUCCUCUGGCUCUGCACUGGCCUCUUCCCACCCAGCAAGUCACUGCUCAAACAUGCCCAGAAGUUCAUAGAGACUCGCCAGAAAGAAACACUGGCCCCGGGGUGCCGUCGGAGGAUUCAGACAGUAAUGAGGAGUGGCUGCAGGAAGUGGGCACCCCAUCCUGUGGAGGUUGAGGCCAUCUUACAGAACAACACUAAGAUCUCACACAAGAUUUUCUUCCCCAACGAAACAGAACUGACAUUUGAUGUGGGAACAAACACCAAAAUCCAGACUCUGUGUCAGAACAUCGCUUCCAAAUUGCAGCUGCACUCCUGGGAAGGUUUCAGCCUCUUUGUGAAGAUUGCAGACAAGGUGAUCAGUCAGAAUGAAGCAGACUACUUCUUUGACUCACUAAGGCAGGUGACAGACUGGAACAGAAGGAACAAGCCAGGAAAAGAUGGGGCUGCUCUGUCUGUGGCCUAUGAGGUGUACUUCAUGAGAAAGCUGUGGCUGAAUGUCACUCCUGGCAAGGAUCUGAAAGCUGAUACCAUUUUCCAUUACCACCAGGAGCUGCCAAAGUACCUCAGAGGCUACCACAAGUGCUCCAAGGAUGAAGCUGUGCAGCUGGCAGGGCUGAUUUAUAAAGCGCACUUCAACAAUGACCGCACGCAGCUGGCAGCCAUCCCCAAAAUCCUGAAGGAGCUGGUGCCAGACAAUCUGCUCCGAGCAGUGGCACCAGAUGAAUGGAAGAAGAGCAUUAUUGCAGCAUAUGGUAAACAUGAAGGAAAAACUGUGGAUGAGGCCAAGAUUGCUUUCUUGAAAAUGAUACACCGGUGGCCAACGUUUGGAUCAGCCUUUUUUGAGGUGAAGCAAGCCUCGGAGCCCAAUUUCCCAGAGAUUGUACUGAUUGCAAUCAACAAGCAAGGAGUCUCACUGAUACAUCAGAAGACAAAGGAUAUUUUAGUAGUCUACCCCUUCAAUAAGAUCUCCAACUGGAGCAGUGGGAGCACAUAUUUUCACAUGACCAUAGGGAACCUGGUACGAGGAACCCGGCUCUUAUGUGAGACAUCUCUGGGUUACAAGAUGGAUGACCUGUUAACAUCCUACGUACGCCUGCUCAUGAAUGCUGUAAACAAGCAAAAGAACCUCCCAGCCUGAGAGUGGAAAUAGAGCCCAUCACCUGUACUUGUGCCAAACUCCCUGUAACUUCAUAUCCCAAAAGAAAUGCCAUUUAGAAAAUAUUAAUCUUGUUGACCAAUCUUCUGAUCACACACUGAAUGAACUGAGUUGCUGAAACACUACUGCAAGAGAAACUCAAGUGAGCAUGUGCUUUCAAAUAUCUGCAACACUUAGAUGUAGUAUGAGAAUUUCAUUCAAAUACUGGAUUUACAGAAAGUUUAGAGGGACUUUAAUGUUCUGUGGGAGUGGGGAAACCCUGUGAGGGCCCCUUCUAAUAGCCUGAAUCUCCUCCAUUCAAAGAUAGACACAUAUGAAGAGCUGUUUUCCUUUUGGAAAGAAAAUGCCCCUUAUUGUACACGCUCUUACCAAAUGCACAGACUCCAAGAGUCUUUGCAAACAAAGGUAAUGUAAUUUUUUUCCUCCUACUGGCAAUUCUAAGAGUGGAGAAAUGCCCUUUAGUAACUGGACAGUCUGAAAGGUUCAGAUGCUGUCCCCUGACUUACCAGAGCGUUGCUUAAAUUGUCUUCUUUCUUCCACAUGUUAUAAUGUACUUGGAAACCAACAACUGCUUUCUACUGUGCAGUAUCUAGUAAGCUCUGAAAUGAGUCUGGGGUUUGGGCCCAUCACUUUUAGUUGCUCCUAUUUCAACAUAUAGAUGAGCUAUUCAGUGCAAAUCAGAAGUGAAGAACUCAGUCUAACAGAGGUCUGUUGAAAAGAGACUUUUCUGCUCCACAAAAAUGUUCUGUUUGGAGUUAUGCAGACAUUCCCUCACAAGACAAGAAUAAUAGCUUUAAUUUGUCCAGAUCUUUUCUGCUUCCUGUUUAGCAGACAGCUUGAGUGGUAAAAUUUGAUUCAGCACUUGUUCAUCCCCAAGAGCUUUGCAGAAACACAGCUUUGGUGCCACAGGAACCAGAGUGUGCUCUGAGUGUGUUAAGCAGACACAGACUAUGGUGGGAGCAAGCUUAGCUGCUUCCCCUUCAGAUCAAGUACUCCUCCCUCGCUCCCAGUGGAACAUGAACAUGUCUUAAAGCAUUCACACCAAGUUCCUUGAGACACAAUCUGGCAGUGCUGGAAAAGCAGCUCUGCCUGAUCUCUCAACUUUGCCAAUGGAUGCACAAUGGUUCUCUUGUUCCCUCAGACAUGUGUGUGCAAAAUUCAAAUGCUGGUGGGAGUUUUGUAUAUGGGUGGCAGGGAAGAGCCCACUCUCUUUGUGCAUCUAAAUGAGUGCCACACCUGUCAGAAUAGCUGAUCUUUUUGCAAGCAGUUAGAUGCUCCUGCUGUAAUGUCCAUUGCUGGCAAUGGAAAUGCUGGAGUCUAAUUACCCAGUGGUUUUGUCACCCAGUGUCUGAUCUAACUAACUAGCUGUGAGAAAUGUUCAGCACUUCACCUGUACAAAGAGAAAUCUUGCAGCCAAACUGUAUUGUUUCUGGUUUUUAAAUAAAGAUGCAGAAAAUCAA